AGACUAGACUGUGAGCUGAUUUACGACAGUUUCACAAACAUACAGCCGUCUCGCUUUACGGCAGAGGGUGGCUGUCAGAAGGCGAUGCGUAUUGAACUGCCCGGUGCAGAGACACUGCGAGGUGGAUCCUUGAAAGCUUUGGUUGUGACAGUGCUGCUGAGUGUGUUUAUGUUCCCGCUGCUGAGGACGGUUGGACUGAGGGCGUUUUCCAUGGCAUCUGAGACGUACAUGUCCGGCACGCACUCUGCCGCCUUCGUCACUUGUCCUAACGAGACAGUGGCUAAAGAGUUGGCCAGGGGGAUUGUGGAAAAGAAGCUAGCGGCUUGUGUCAACAUUGUCCCGGCAAUCACAUCUGUGUAUGAAUGGCAGGGUAAGAUUGAGGAGGACAAUGAAGUGCUGCUGAUGAUUAAAACCAGAAGUUCCAAGGUGCCUGCUCUUGCUGAAUUUGUCCGCUCCAACCAUCCUUAUGAGGUGGCCGAGGUUAUCAGCCUGCCUAUUGACCAGGGCAACCCGCCCUACCUCAAGUGGAUAGGAGAAGUAGUCCCCGAGUAAGGACGGACUGACGGAUGAGUGGAUGAAUUGAUUCAUGGAUGGAUGUAAACUACAAAUACACAUCAAAACACUAACCAAAUCUGUAAUGUUAUAACUAACUGCAAACAGUUAGAAGAUGAGACAAAGUGCCCACAAUAUGAGGAAGCAACACAUUCGUCGUUUUGAAAUAUGUUCCUUUUUGCUGUGUCACAGACAUUUGAUUAGUAUAUUUACCACUAGAGGUCAGCUUCGGCCUUUCUCUAUCAAGGUUAACCAGGUGCAGAAUAAGACCAGUUGGAUUUCUCAUUUCUUUUGUGAAAGAAGCAUUUUGUAAUAAAGUGUUGGUGAUUGUUUUUUAA